CCUCCUUCUCUCGCCCUCUAUAACGAUGAGACGGAGGUGACCCCUUCUCCUCCGAAGAAGGCGACCACGGCAGAAAGAUCAGCAGGGUUCGUCGGCAGAGAUAUUGAAGACAUCGACUAUGAUGAGGAUUCUGAAUAA